AUGUCUCUCUCCCCAUGCCGGGCCCAGAAGGGUUUCAGUGCGCGCUCGGCUGGUAUGGCUCUCUCUGGAGCCAGUGGGCGGGCUGCCUUCAGUACCAGGAGCCUUGGUUCUUUCCGGGGUUGCCAAGGAGGUGCUCGAGGGAGGGCCUGGGGGUCCCGGGGAAGGCUUGGGUUAUGGACUGAAAAAGGAAAUGCUGGGCCUGGCCUUUCCCUGUGCCCUCCGGGGGGCAUUCGAGAAGUGACAUUGGACCAGAGUCUGCUGAUGCCCCUGAAGAUUGAGAUCGACCCCCAGUUCCAGGUGGUCAGGACACAGGAGACCCAAGAAAUCAGGACCCUCAACAACCAGUUUGCUUCCUUCAUUGACAAGGUGCGGUUCCUGGAGCAGCAGAACAAGGUCUUGGAUACCAAGUGGUCCUUGCUGCAGCAGCUGGAGGUGAACGACAGGCCCCGGGGCCUGGAGCCCAUCUUCGAAGGCUGCCUGGCCCAGCUCAGGAGGCAGUUGGAGCAGCUGCAGAGAGACCGAGGGGCGCUGGAUGCUGAGCUGAGGGCCUGCCAGGACCAGGAGGAAGAGUACAAGGCCAAGUACGAGCAGGAGGCCCACCAGCAUGCCAUGGUGCAGAACGACUUUGGGGUCCUUAAGAAGGAUGUGGAUGGUGUUUUCCUGGGCAAGCUGGAGUUGGAAGGCAAGCUGGAGUCUUUGAGAGACUACUUCUGCUUCUUGAAGCAUCUGUAUGAAGAAGAGCUGGGCCAGCUGCGGCCCCAGGGGAGCGACACGUCUGUGGUGCUGUCCAUGGACAACAACCGCUGCCUGGACUUCAGCGACAUCAUUGCUGAGGUCCGUGCCUGCUAUGAGGAGAUCGCACAGAGCAGCAAGGCCGAGGCUGAGGCCAUGUUCCAGAUGAAGUACCAGGAGCUCCAGGCAUCGGUCCAGCACCACGGGGACAGCAUGGAGGAGACCAAGAUGCAGAUGUCCCAGCUGCAGCAUGCCAUGCACAGGUUGCAGAGUCAGAUCGCAAACCUCAAGGAGCAGAAUGCUACCCUGCAGUCAGCCAUUGCUGAUUCUGAGCAGCAUGGGGAGACAGCUCUGAAGGAUGGCCAGGCCAAGCUGAGCGAGCUGGAGGGCGCUCUGAGAGCCGCCAGGCAGGACAUGGCUGGCCUGCUGCGGGACUACCAGGAGCUGAUGAGCACCAAGCUGGCCCUGGAUGUAGAGAUUGCCACCUACCGCAGGCUGCUGGAGGGCGAGGAGUGCAGGAUGUCGGGAGAGUGUCCCAGCCAGGUCACUAUCUCCAUGGUGGAAGGCCGUGCCUCGGCGUUUGGAGGAGUUGGCGAUGGCCGUGCGGGCGCCUGUGGCCUCAGAGGCGGGAAAGGUGGCUUUGGGUCUGGCUGUUCCAGCAUCGUGACUGGAGGCUUCCACGCCAGCCUGGGCACUGGCUGCCGUCCUGUUCUGGGUUCCUGCUCUGUGUCUGGCUCUGGCUUUAGCUCCUGCUCUGGCUCUGGCUCCAGCUCUGGCCACACCAUUGUGAAGAAGACAGAGGAGUCCAGUCUAAAGACGUCCAUCAUCUACUGA